UCCCCCUCCCCCCUCCGCCCUCCACCUCGCCAUUGCCGUCGCCCUCCGAGCCACCCCAAAAAAACACAGGGUGCGUGCGCUUCAUGCCCCCGCGGAGCGCGCGCCCAUGGCGUCCGUGCCCGCCUCCUGCCCGCGCCCGCCGCAGGCCGUCGUCCGCCACCUCCUCCCGCUGCCGCUGCAGCUCCAGCUCGUCUGCCGCCUGCGGAGGCUGCCGCUCCCGCAGCUAGGCCUCUCCGCCGCCGCGCGGAGGGGAGAGGCGCUCCCGCGGGCCGCGGAGGGGGGCGACGGGCGGGCCGCGGCCAAGGAGGAGGAGGAGGAGGUGGAGGAGGAUGAGGAGGAGGAGGAUGAGCGAGGGAGGGAGGCGGGCGAGGAGAGGGGCGAGGACGACGGGGCUCGGGAGGCGGAGGGCGCUGGGGCGGCGAGGGGCUCCGGGCGGUUCGCCGCCGACUACAUCUCGCUUGGCAUCAGGGAGCCCGUCUACGAGGUGGUAGAAGUGAAAGCUAAUGGAAGCGUGUCUACCGAAAAAAUAAGCCGCCGGCAGCUACUGAAAUCAAGUGGCCUCCGUCUACGAGAUACAAGAAGCGUUGACCCAUCACUAUGGCUAAUGAAUUCAAUGCCUUCCCUGCUGGUUCGUGAACAGGCCAUAUUACUCAACCUUGGUUCCUUGCGAGCAAUUGCUAUGCAUGAACGUGUCCUUAUAUUCAAUUAUAACAGCCCAGGAGGAAAGGUCUUUUUAGAGCUAUUACGACCUCGGUUAAAUCCAAGGAACAUCAAUGGUGGUCCUGCAAUGCCUUUUCAACUUGAGGUUGUUGAAGCUGCACUGCUUUCCAGAAUACAAAGGCUGGAACGAAGAUUAAUGCAUGUUGAACCUCGUGUGGCUGCGUUGCUUGAAGUUCUACCAAAUCGGUUGACAGGUGAUGUUUUGGAGCAGCUUCGUCUAAGCAAACAAUCAUUGGUCGAGCUGGGUUCACGGGCAGGUGAUCUUAAACAAAUGCUCAUUGAUCUCCUAGAAGAUCCCCAUGAAAUUCGUCGAAUAUGCAUUAUGGGGAGAAAUUGUACACUAGAUAAAGUGAGUGAUGAUAUGGAAUGUGCUGUUCCAUUAGAAAAGCAAGUUGCCGAAGAGGAAGAGGAAGAAAUUGAGAUGCUAUUGGAAAAUUACCUUCAAAGAUGUGAAUCAUGCCAUGGUCAAGCAGAGAGGCUUCUUGAUUCUGCAAGAGAAAUGGAAGAUUCGAUUGCAGUGAACUUAAGUUCCCGGCGACUGGAAGUGAGCAGAGUGGAGUUGCUUCUUCAGGUCGGAACAUUUUGCGUCGCUGUAGGAGCAUUAAUCGCAGGAAUAUUCGGCAUGAACCUUAAAUCAUACCUGGAGAACAACACGUGGGCAUUUUGGGCGACGACUGGCGGAAUAGCAGUCGGAGCAGUAGCCGGGUUUUUCAUCAUGUACAAGUACCUAAAGGAUAGGAAGAUAUUGUAAAAGACCACGCACCAUAUGUGGAAUCGCCUAGAAAUCUAGAACUGUAAAUAAAGCGGUUUUGAUCUCUUCUGGAGGCACUUAUGGAUUCAUGGCAUGACAUUGUUUUGGUGUGCUGGUGGAUGCUUACAUACCAACUUGGGAGGAAGUGUUUUCCUGAUACUCAUAUACACGCCAUACCGAGGAGCAAGUAUUUUUCUGCCACUUUGCUGGGAAUGUUACCCCCUUAUUGAGCUGAGAAGUGAAAAUCUGAAACUUUUAUUGCGAAACGACUCCUUUUAUUGAUGUUACUGAUGAUAUUGGAAAUUCAUGUAACAAUGUCCAGAAUCCAUUUUUGCUCCGCCUUGACGAUA